AUGGCCGAGCCGCCGGAAGCAUCGCGCGAAGAUUCGAUUCUUAGCGAGAUCCACUCGCUUGCACCUUACUUUCCAUAUGAUGCGCAAACAAAGAGUGGGCGCACAGACAUCAAGUCUCAGGAUGCGGAGCAAGCGCCGCAUCCCCAACCGCAUCAUGGGCUGCAAGAGAGCAUUAUGCAAUGGGAGCAGCGACGCAAGGAGAUUCUUUCCGAGGCUGAUGAUCAAAUUGUUGUGAAUCGGCAGCACAGGCGCGUGACGCCACAUCUUAUGGAUACGAAUGCGCGACUUACGAGCUCGAUGACCAACAUUGGAUCGAGUGUCCUGGCGGAUAUGACCACGUCCGAGAAUCUGAAUAAUGCGGUUAUCAUGCCAUGGGCCAGUGCGUCCAUCAAGGAAGAUAUCGUGCGCAUCAUUACUCAGUGGCUUGCAGAUGAGGGGUUUGGUGCGACGCGACAGGCUCUCUUAGAAGAAGCCAACCUCAAAGUCCGUGAACACGACGACGAGAUCGAUGAGCGCCACAAGUUGCGCAUGUUUUUACUGGAAGGCAAUUGGGCCGAAGUGGAAAAGAUGUCGACGAAGCCGUUUUUGCAGUCGCACAAGGCGUUUUUGUACGCCAUUUUUCGGCAGCAAUUUCUCGAGUUUAUUGAAAAUCGCGAAUUUCAAAAGGCCUUUACGUUUCUAAUCAAGCGGCUCAAGCCCCUAGAACACUAUCAGCCGCAUGCUGCCGAGUUUGGUGAUCUGUGCUACCUACUCUCGGCCAAGAGUGUCACGGAUGCCCCGUCCUUCCGGAUGUGGGAGGGUAUUCAGCCAGGCCGAGAGGCGCUUGUGGCUGAGUUUGCGUCCUUUCUUGAGCCGGGUCGUUUGGACCGGGAAGAGCUCCUUCUUUCUGAGAAGGAAGAGAAGGCCGCGACGCGUGAUACCGCCUACAUACCGCCGCACCGUCUGCUCACGCUGUUGCACCAGGCCAUGGCGUACCAGGUCGAGUUUGCCCGCUACCAGAAGCGGACGGUUCCGGUUGUGUCGACGCUGCUGCAUGACUAUGCUGGUUUUGUCGUGCCGAAUCGAUGCCGCAUGUCGCUCCGUGGCCAUACGCAAAAUGUCAAAUGCGUGCGCUUCGUCGGCGACGACGGCCGAAAGCUGGUAAGUGGCUCGAGUGACUGUACGGUGCGUCUGUGGGACACGAAUACGGGCGCUUGUGACGCUGUGCUCGAGGGUCACGGCAGUCGCAUUUGGGAUGUGGAUGCGUCGCACACAGGUGCGUGGAUCGCGAGUGCGAGCAGCGACUCGACGGUGCGGCUGUGGAACGUGGAGUCAAAGCUGCCGCAUCUCACGCUCCGUUGUGGAUUUGGUGAUGUGUACUGCUGUCGCUUUAGUCCUGAUCAGGGCCAACUUGUGACGGGUGGCUACGACAAGCUCGUGCGGCUGUAUGACCUUGCGAGUGGCACUGUCACGCGCAUGUUCCCUGGGCACCAGCUGGGUGUGUCGUCCGCCGUGUUCAGUCCCCAGGGCAGUCUCAUUGCGACGGGUGCGAAGGAUACGAGUGUGCGGUUCUGGGACACGCUCAGUGGCGUGUGUGUCCGCACGCUGCCUGGCCAUCUGGGUGAGGUGACCUCCGUCGAGAUGAGCGAUGAUGGGCGCCAGCUGCUGACCUCGUCCAAGGACAAUUCGCACCGCCUGUGGGAUAUGCGCAUGCUUCGUCCGCUUCAGCGGUUCAAGGGUCACCAAAACACGUCCAAGAACUUUAUCCGCUGUACCUUUGCGCAUCCGAGUCUGAUUGUGAGUGGCUCGGAGGAUGGACUUGUGUACAUGUGGGGCCAAGAAUCGUCGUUGGCUCUGCAGACGCUCAAAGGACACGGCACGGACAGUCACCCUGCUGCGGCUACGGUGGGCGGUCGGAAGCAGGUCGUGGUGUACAGCGCUGCGUGGAACAAGGUCCAAGGCCUACUCGCCAGCUGCGCCGACGAUGGCACGGUGCGUCUCUGGGACUGGACGCCGCCCCACGAUGCCCCAUAG